GUUAUCAGUAUACUUAAUACCUGACCUUAUGCAUGUUGGGCUUGAUCAUAGCUUUGCUCUCGAUUUUUUCAGCAUUCGACCCUUUUCUGAACCAGGUCUCCUCUUGCUUGAUUUCCUGUUGCCCGGAUCUCAACUGUCCUAAAAAUUAUGUGGUGCUGGAUCGGUUGAUCUACAAGAAACUUUUUUUCUUCUUCAUUUAAUUCUAUUGUCUCGAUUUAGUUUACCCACCUUUCUUUGUUCUCAAAAGAAAAUAAGAUAAGAAAGAGAAACAGACGGCAGAAGAACUAGUACCACACCCCUACACAUUAGUGCUUAGGCCAUUGACCUACAUUCAACAAGCAUGGCAGACACAGGCGAGCCCGUCCAGCCUACUCGCAUUCCACAUUGGCGCCUUAUCAUCGACCAAGGGAUACUUACUCAGGAAGUCAUUGACUACCCUUAUGCGGGCUCCGGCACUGAAGAUGACCCUUAUCUCGUCACCUGGCUUCCCAAUGAUCCACGAAAUCCUAUGAAUUUCCAAGAUAGCCGAAAAUGGUUCUACACAGUAACGGUGGCCUGGGCGACCUUAGCGGUAUCGCUAGUAUCUUCUGCAUACACCGGCGGUGUGGACCAAAUUAUGGAACAAUUCAACUGCGGUACAGAAGUAGCCACGCUGGGAGUAUCCUUAUUCGUGGUAGGAUUCGCCAUCGGUCCGUUGCUCUGGGCGCCCAUGAGCGAGUUAUAUGGACGACAGUAUCUUUUUAUUGGCAGUUACUGUGGGUUGACUGUGUUCAACGCUGCUUGUACAGGGUCAAAAAAUAUCUGGUCACUUAUCAUCUUCCGCUUCUUCGCAGGUUCUUUUGGAUCGUCGCCGCUGACCAACGCUGGCGGCGUGAUCGCAGAUAUGUUCCCAGCCAGCCAGCGUGGUAUAGCAAUGAGCGUGUUUGCAGCUGCCCCGUUCUUAGGUCCAGUGCUUGGCCCAAUCAUUGGGGGGUUCUUAGGCAUGAAGGAAGGUUGGAAGUGGGUGAUGGGAUUCUUAGCCAUCUUCUCAGGUGCUCUCUGGAUUCUUGGGGCAAUCUGUGUCCCGGAGACUUACGCUCCUGUCCUUCUGCAGCGGCGGGCAGCCAAACUCUCUAAACUUACCGGGAAAGUUUACCAAAGUAAGGUUGAGGUAGACCAAGGAAAGAAAACACCCAAAGAGGCCUUCCAGAUCGCCCUAUCUCGACCAUGGAUCCUACUGUUCCGUGAACCGAUCGUGCUCUUGCUGUCAAUCUAUAUGGCUAUCAUCUAUGGUACCCUAUAUAUGAUGUUUGCAGCCUUUCCCAUUGUCUACCAAGGCCAGCGAGGAUGGAACCAGGGUGUUUCUGGCCUGGCUUUUCUGGGAAUCAUGGUUGGAAUGCUCCUUGCGGUAGCCUACACACUCUGGGAUAAUAAACGCUAUAUCAAUACCCAGGCACGACACAAUGGGUUUGCACCUCCCGAGGCUCGCCUGCCUCCUUGCCUGAUUGCCUCGAUUGUCAUACCAAUUGGUCUUUUCUGGUUUGCCUGGACGAACUAUCCCUCGAUUCAUUUCAUGGCCAGUAUCGCAGCCGGCGCGCCGUUCGGAUUUGGCAUGGUGCUGGUCUUCCUCAGCUUGAUGAAUUACCUGAUUGAUGCCUAUACAAUCUUUGCUGCGUCCGUAUUGGCUGCCAAUUCUGUGCUUCGUUCCAUCUUCGGUGCUGUUUUCCCGCUCUUCACUACAUACAUGUACAAUGACCUAGGUGUGCACUGGGCCUCCAGUAUCCCUGCAUUUCUAGCAGUCGCGUGCAUCCCGUUUCCUUUUCUCUUUUACAAAUACGGCCCAGCGAUUAGGACGCGAUGCAAAUAUGCAGCGCAGUCUGACGCUUUUAUGAAGAAGUUGAUGGAACAAAGCACCAAUGUUCCUGAAGAGACAGACGCGGAGAAGAAGUCCGAGAAUAAUGCCAUGGAGGGAUUGAAAGAGGUGGAUGAUAAUCUGUCCGAGCCCACUCCAGCGAGCUCGCAACUGGAUGAUCUCCCGUCUGCCUCCAAGUACGACCGAAGAAAGUCUAUAGCAUCACAGGCAUCACGCCGGUCUGAGGGGGUAAAUUCUCAAACUGUGUACGAUGCUAACCCCUAUGACAUUGAUCGAGUCAACACCCGCGAGUCAUUCAAAUAGCGACCUUCCGCCCAUUCCCCUCUUUCAUGACCGCUGACUGUAUCCUGUAUUGUGAUCCGUUGAUGGAUCCCUAAACAUCCCCUUUCUGGUUACCAUCCCCCUCUCAAAAUACCCUAUAGAUAGUGUUUAGUUUAUAAUUUCUAUAGAAUUCGCUGAUAGAACCUUGACUUCAACUUGGCGAUCCAUCUCGAAUC